GUCCCCUUCUUCUUGAACAUUUUCCUUGAUCCUCAUCCUCUUGUCCCCGUGCGUCUGGUGUGCCGUGGACAAGUCGUUUGAGACAGUGUUCUGUUCUGUGCUGUGCACCUGGUGCUUCCAGUUUCUUUCUCUUUACUCUUAAUUUCCAGUACAUCACGCUUGCACGCAGCAGGUCUGCUCCUUUCGGGUUUUGUUAGGAUCAGCAUAGCCAUAUACCCUGCGAUCAGGCAUCCGGCAUGGCUACCGCAACCACGUCCGCUUCAGCCAUGCAAGGCUUCUCCCUCUUCCCGACCACAGUCCCCAAGAUCUCCAUCCCAGACCCCCAUAGAAGGACCCCAAGCCUCCACAGUAUCGGUGUCGUCACCCCCCCGGACAGCGCAUUCUCGCCCAAUACCGAGUCGGUCGUUAUUAAAAUGGAGGAGGAACGACCGCCCGUCCCUCAACUCCCGGUGCACUUCGGCGAACAACAGCGCACGAGAGAAUCCACGCCUUCUCCAGAAGAUAUUGGAAGGGCAGUGACCACGGCGUCACCCAUCGACGGGAAGACGCCCACUCAGCCCGUUCACCCCUCCGCAGUAGCGGCGGCCUAUACCCCGUCAUUAUACCAGUCGCCCGACCUUGAACAGACAUCAUCUCCACAACCUUCGUCUUCACUAGGCACGGGAUCAGCAACGACGUUGGUGGCACCACCACCACCUCCUACAGCCCAUACUCAGAGUGCGACACGUAAUAAACCACCCAUCGAUCCUUCACCGAUUGUCCCCAUCCGGUCCAGGUUUCCCGUCUACUACCCCCCCGUGCCUGCAACUCAGCAAGUGUACGUCCCGCAACCGCCGCCGCCAGUGCGGAUCUCAGGCAUGCCUAUGUUUGCGGGCCUCCCAGCUUCGAAGGAGGACUACCGAAGCAGUCUCUCGAUUCCCUUUAACGCCGCAGCGAUCGCAGCUGCACAGCGAACGGCUCCGGCCAGUGUCUUCAACUUCCCGUCGGACGUCAUGAGCAUCAACGUUGGCCCUCGCAUAUCGACACAAAGGGAGCUCGAGAAACUGUGGGACGCUUCGCACGGAACCGAAGCGGGUUGUGCGAUCAAGAGUUUUGAUCUCGAGAUGGCACGGACCGAAGAAGCCACCUUUGUGUUUGGCUCGCACCCUUCUCUGCCCUUCUACACCCUCCAGACGUACGACACCAAUGAAAUCGCCAUCUCCAAGACCUGCCCCAGCAAGCCCAGAUCACCCUCAGCCAACGCAGAGCCGCCGCUCACGCGCGACGUGGUUCUCUGUCCUCUGGAGCCCGCGGCUCGCCGCCUCCCUCCCAACGACGGCCUCGUCGCCUUCAUCUUCCCCAAGCUCGCCGCCAUGCUCGCGAUCAACCAAUCAGCGGCCCUCGCGCGACAACACAAUCUCGCGCCCACCGACCGGGACGAAAUCGAGGCACAGGCGGUCCGUCGCGCGGCCAAGCAGGAGGCGUGCUACCUGCGAUUCAACGCAAAGGGCGGGUUCUACGAACUAGAGCACCCGGCCAUCGGGCGGGGCGCGAUGGGCGGCGACUUCGCGGUGAACAGCCCCGAGGUGAGCUCGCCGACGACGGUCCGGAGCAUGACGGGCAAGCCCGUGCUGCAUGUCACCAUUUCCACCGACGGGCCUCUCCCGACCGUCCACGUGGUCGACCCGAACUCGUCGCGGCGGACCGGCACGGCAGUCAUGACGCCUACCACGACGGCCCCAUCCUCUGCGGGCGCUGGCAUCCGACGCCUGUCUACACUCCCGCAGACCGAGACUUGUUCGCCGUCGUCCGAGUUCCCCCCGCUGGCCACGCUCGACCUGACCUCCGAGAUCCUCCACGUGGACGCCAACGCCAUUCUCGGGCUGAUGCCCAGUCUGUUCAGCAUCGACUGCAUCGUCUCGGCGAUCCUCGCCGUCGCCGUGGCGGACGCGACCACGAACGCGGUGCUGGGAGGCAUGGAGAUCUGGAAGCCACGGCCCGCGCCAGCGUCGCGUCUAGGGACCGCCGCCGGGCCCCGGAGCAUCCACACCCGCGCCGGCAGCGUCAAGAGCUACGCGGGCAGCGUCUUCUACGCCACCAUCGCCGAGAGGGAGGAGGCUGAGGAAGAGGCCAGGCGGCUGCGCCGAGCGCACGAGGCCGACAUCCGCGCGGGGGGCCGCAGCUCGUCCAAGUCCAGGUCCAAGGGGUCGAGGUCGUGGUUUGGGCGGUCGUCAAGCGACAACACGACCGACGACUCCGAGGACGACGACGACGUGGCGGAGACGAAGAAGGCGUCCCGGCGGAAGAACAAGAACAAAAACAAAACCAAGAAGAUCGUCAUGCGCGAGUUCGACCUCGAGAAACUCGGCCACUACCAGUCCGGCGACCGCAAGGGCGAGGAGCUCCCCGCCGUCACGAGGGGCGUGCUCAGCGGCCUGGUCAUGGGCCUGAAGCUGGUCGUCUGGCUGUUGACCAUGAUCGUGCAGGUGCUCGCUUGGCUGCUGGUCCAUGUGACAAGGGGCGUGACCAGUGAGAAGUUCUGAGGAGGAGGAGGAGGAGGAGGAGGGGACCGGGAGAUGGGGCCCAGGUGUUAAUAUACAGACAGUGUGUGGCCCUCCCGCCCACUUUUUCCCCUUGUUUCAUUUCCUUUUUCAUAUUUUUCCCCCCUUAUCCUCUCCUCCCCUCCGUUGUGAUCGUCCGUUGGAAGAGAAGAAGGGGAAGGCAUUUUUGGGCGCGACUCCGAGGCGGGUCGGCGGGUGGGCGGCGGUUUCUUUUCUCGGUGGAUAACGAUGAUGAUGCUUUCGCCUGCAUGAAUGCAUACAUGGCGGGCGGGGUACGCAAAGGCGGAAUCUGGGGGUCCUUGGUACUGGCCCCGGGCCAUUCAAAGGGUUUAUUGGAAUCAUAUCAGGCCAAUAUUGUGUGGUGGUAAUGACCGACAGGGAUCAAAAAUGGAGGGCGCAUUGGUGCUCGAAGGGACCGGUGAACAGAGCCAUCAAAAGGGUCCAUAUACACAUCCACACAUAUAUAUGAGAUAUGUGUGUGUGGGGGAAGGCAAAGGCUGCAAAUGCGAGCCUUGAACUCUUGUCAAACCACCCUUUUGUCCUGCGGAGAAAUGUGCGUCGUCAUCGUCGUCGUGCUCGAAGUAAUGAAAUAUAGCAGAGAGUGAAUGUACCGCAACUCGACACGACACAGCACAACGCGACUUCGGUGGACGCCCGCACCAACUGAACAACUGAAAGUCG